CAGUGAUAUCGCGUACACACCAAUUUGGUUAAAUAUCCUCUAUAAUUGUAACAUUGCAGAGACAUGUGGAAGAGAAUCAGAAUCAUCAAUAUAUCACUUAUGACGCCUUUGCACGUUGUUUUGCCUUGCUUUAUUUUGGUUGUUUCUUUGUCUUUCCAAUAUACCUCUUUUAACUAUAACACGUGCCAAAUAGGAUCUCGAUCCCCGGAACUACACACAGCAUUAAUCGGGGCUUGGCCAAUGACAAACAGUGCCAUUCUCAUAUGUGCAUUAUCAAUUGCCGGAAUUGAACGGUGCAGUCAUCAUCUUUCAUCAUCAUGGGUGGAGAGCGACCAUUGGCAUUGCAGACCUCAAGCUUGGGCCCAAUACAGCCCACGCAGGCACCAAAAGGAAAAUUGUCCAUUUCUAUACAUUGAAGGACCUCGCAGUGAUGAACAGACAGAACGGAUAAACAAACCAGCAGAAUCUUGGUAGUAAUUGAAACGAUCAACAUGAAAUCCACACUCCCUAAAUGCGCACAACAUGCCUCUCUCAUGCCCGUGUCAAGAACGCAGCCGACUCCUCUUCCUUCCCUAGCAGACCUAGACUGCGGAUCUGUUCAGCCUUGGGCGCAUUGUCGCGGGGGUGGGCGGCCUCCGCCUUGCGGUAGGCAGCCUGCAUCUUCAUCGUGCGCAUGAUCUA